CAAAUUCCACCUACUUUACUUUACGCCCGGUGCUACCCGCCUUGGGAACCUUGAGAACUCUGCGCAUCGAUAGCAAUUAGCUCUGAUUAUUUGCCAAGUUCAACAUCAUCUCAUUUUCAUUUCACUUCAGUCACUAAGUAACUCGCAUUCACACAAAGCCACCCACAUUUUGUUUCGCAAUGGCUCCCACAGAGCAUCUCGCCAAUCUUACCGCUCUGGUGGUUGACAACCUUCGAGAUCAGCACGACUGGACCGACGUUGAAAUUCGCUAUGACGGCAGAGACCGACCACGUCCCAUCAUCACCGGUCUACCGCCAUUGCGUCUUUACAUGCACCCGGACGAGCAAAUAGAGACUCUUGAGAUCGAACAGAUGACUGGUAAACGUCCAAGCCAGUCCCCCGAGUUUGAAUGGGUUCUGCCGGUUCAUCUCAGCGAGCGAUGGACCUUGAGCUCUUUUGCUACCAUUUUUGACUCGAUUGACGCUCUGCCACAGCCAGUUACCUCAGAAGCAAGUCACGGUGCGCCUUCACGACGAGACUGGCGCGGCGUGGACCGCCAAAAGAGGCUACUACUCGCAGUGGUCCACGAUGACUCAACGGUCGCCUACUAUCUCAUUCACGAUGGCAUUGUGAAGCCAAGGCAGAAUUAGAGCCCCAGUUGCCAGGGUAUUUUUCAUUCAACCAAUGUCCCCCGCCGCCAGUUCUGGGAGCCUCUUUUAGCUACCUAACCCUGCUUGAGCCUUGAUAUUGCGACCAGAUCCCAGCAAGAUCGACCCCCUUAAAAAGAAUCACGGUGUGAAGAUGAUCUUCUGGACCUUCAUCUGAUCAAACAGCGCAUAUCCUUCAACAGCCUCGUUCAAUGGCAUUACAUGGUCAAACAUGAAUC